AGGCCCAGCAUUGACCGAUGGCGUGACGUUGGGCUGCCGAGCGGGCCGCGCCGCCGCAGACGUCACUUCCCGCUGCCCCGGCAGGCCGGCCGCCUUGCCGGGGGUGGGACACUGCCGGCCGCGCCGGGGAAGGCCCGCGGGCUACAUUCCCCAUCAAAGGCAAAGAGACCCUGUUGACACUUUCCUGGUGAGUAAAUCAGUCAUGAGAGCAACAUAUUUCUUUUCCAAGAAACAUACAGAAAACAGUGUAUUGGAAAUCAGGACCCCUGGCUUUCCAGAGCUCAGCGUAUUCUUGAACUAAGGUGGGAGCGCACGGGCGGCCCAGCCGGCCCCGGCAGCAUGUCGCUCCGCGAGCACGCGCUGGCCCUCUUCCGCAGCGCGGUGGGCACGGUCCGGCCGGCCCCCAUGCUCCGGAGGGCCGUGACGCUGCAGGCGGAUGGGCACCCUCGCCUGCUGGUGAAGGGCCGGGCCUUCCCGCUGGAGGGGAACCUCUACCUGGUGGGCUUCGGCAAAGCCGUGCUGGGGAUGGCCGCAGCAGCGGAAGACAUCCUGGGGGAGCACCUGGCGCGGGGGAUCGUCAGUGUGCCGCUGGGCAUCCAGGAGAGCCUGCGGCGAGCGGGGAUGCGGGACAUGCUGCCGAGGCCGCACAGCAGGAUCGAGGUCAUCGAAGGCGCCAAGAACAACCUGCCCGACCAGGAGGCCCUGCGAGGAGCCAACGCCAUCCGGGAGCUGGCCGAGGGCCUGGCCGCCAACGACCUGCUCCUCGUGCUCAUCUCAGGAGGUGGCUCGGCCCUGCUGCCCGCUCCUACCCCGCCGGUCCAACUCGAGGAGAAGGAGAAGCUCACGAAGAUGCUGGCUUCCAGAGGAGCUGCCAUACAGGAGCUGAACACGGUCCGCAAGGCCCUGUCCUUGCUGAAGGGCGGAGGGCUGGCCCGGCUCGCGUACCCCGCACAGGUGGUGAGCCUCAUCCUCUCCGAUGUGAUUGGAGACCCCCUGGACAUUAUAGCAAGCGGGCCCACCGCAGCCAGCUCCCACAGCGUCCAAGACUGCCUUCGAAUAUUGGACAAAUACGAGCUGCUGACCAGCCUGCCCAAGUCGGUGGAAGCAGUGCUGUCCAGCUCUCCUGCAAGCCCUACCGCUCCGGAAGACUACUCCCACGUCUUCAACGUUAUCAUCGGGUCAAACGCCCUGGCUUUAGAUGAAGCCAAACGCCAGGCAGAAGACCUGGGCUACAUGACUCUGGUCCUCAGCGCGGCAAUCUGCGGGGAAGUCAGCCGCGUGUCCGCACUCUACUGCCAGCUGAUCCAGCUGGUCUGCCUGGCCUUCGCCGGCCUCGGAGACGGGCCUCUCAGCGAAGAGGCGAGGGCGAAGCUCCUGCAGCUGGCAGCAGAGCUGGAGAUCCCAGGUUUGAACCCUGCUGAGGCUCUGCAGGCCCUGCGAGGAUUAGGGCCUGACAGAGCAGUUUGCAUCCUGGCCGGUGGAGAAACCACAGUCCGGCUCCAAGGAAGCGGGAAGGGAGGGAGGAACCAGGAGCUGGCUCUGCGAGUGGGGCUGGGGCUGCACAGAGCGCGGGCCGCGGAGGCCGGCAGCCCCCUGCGCAGCUGCGAGAUCGUCUUCCUCAGCGGGGGGACGGACGGGCAGGACGGGCCAACGGCGGCGGCGGGGGCCUUCUCUGGCCCGGAGCUGGUGGAGGAGGCGCGCCGGGAGGGUCUCGAUGCGGAGGCGUUCCUCAGCAAUAACGACUCCUACACCUUCUUCAGCCAGGUCCAGCGUGGACAUCACCUUCUGGUGACAGGCCUAACGGGAACCAACGUCAUGGACAUCCAGGCUAUUUUAAUUAGAGCCAAGGAGAGAUCAUGAGAGCUCCUUCCACAGAUAUCCAGGACCAAGGGUAAACGAGGGCAUUAACACUGGAGACAAAUGCAAACUGCCUAAAUCAGGGCUAGCUGUUGAAGGUACUAAUACCUUUGACAGAAGGACUCCACUAAUUAGACACACGAGAGGAUGUCCACAGCAAAAGCAUGAGGAACAGUCAAACUCUUCUAAUUGGGAUCAAAGAAAGGUAAGCAGAGCACCACAUUAGGGACACGGAGGCCGCAUUAACACGUCUCUGCUAAGAGCCACCACGGCUGUGACAGCUUCGGCUCGGGCUGAAAGGCGUGGGGAAAGCAAGGCCGUGGCGGCGCUGCAUCUCCAGCCACCCCAGCUCCCGAGGAGCUCACGCGGGGGCUUCGCAGGUUCGCGGAGGUGCGUUACGGGGCCAGAGGAUGCCAAAGCAGCGGCAAGGCCCACGCGGCUGGGACUGCCGGCGGGGUGACCACACCAGCGUGCCCCCGGCCACGCGCAGCCCCAGCAACGCGGCUGCAGAGCACUUUAGCCGAGAGCAGCACGUGAGCUCAGCUGCAGGAUGCGAGUGCCGGAGGGCAGCACAUCCUCCCCGCGUCGUGGGAAGGAGGGAGCGACUCAGGCACAAGGGUGCAAAGAGCCGUCUGAAUAGGAGCCCUUCUCCUCCUCUGCAGCCUCCUCGCCUCCGUGGGGACAUUUUCCUGGCUGAUCCCUGUUGGGAGAGCCUCUGUGCCAGCAGCACCUAUGCAACGGGCGCUCGUGGCAGUGUUUCCCAAGUGGUUGGAGGACAAGCCUGCAUCCAGCCCGAGCCACUGACCUCUCCUCCGCGCCCGCCGCGGCAGAAGUCGCCGUCACUCCGAUUACCUCUGCUAAUUCUGCGGAACAAAAGGCGAGGAAGCCUCCCCGCCCCGCUCCCUUGACCCGCGCUGCGGAGCUGAUCAAAGGGCAACGCUGCGGGAGCCUCGCUUUGUCACCGAGCCACCCCCCCCGUGACGCUGCAGCGACUGCCGUGUCGUCACCUACUGCAGUGCCAGACGCGGGAGAGCAGAGACGAGCCAGGUUUCCCGGGACGUGCAGCCGGCGGCGGGGCCGCCUUUCGGAAGGGCUCUGCCUGUAGCAACACGCACGGCAACGGCUUUGGCUGCAUAUUCAAAGGACUUGGGCUCCGCAGCCAGCGUGACCCAACACAUUCAGCUCCUUUUGAAAAUCUGCCUGUUUGUUACGGAGCCUAAGCGGGGCUGGAGCUCUUUGGAGAAAUCCAGCCUUGAUUUAACAGGACACGACUGACUCAGGCUGUUUCCAGACAGCCAGAACUGCUCCGUGGGACCGAUCUGAGCUCGUGACACAAACGCACCACCCUGCCAACGCCGUGAGCAGCGGUGUCGCCGAGCGGUGCGCUGCGUGCGCUCGAGGGUGGGUCCGAGGGUGGCUUUCCAAGGAGGAGGCAACACCUCCGGCUUGGUUUUUAGGCCAGCACCUAGCAAGCACGUCACUUGCUCUCAGAGCCUGAACAACUUCUGCAACGUGCCUCGACUUGCUCACGCUGGCAAACUGUGCGGAGAGCUGCCGGGAGGGACCUGCCGAGUGCCGCGAAGCUCGCUGUGCCGCUGCGGCGGCGCAGAAGAAGCCGCUUCGUGUCAUGCGUUUUCUCCGGAGGUCGCCAGCAAGUUGCUUGGCUUUUGCCGCGUGCCCGGCAUGCCAGCGCUGCCGAGGCGCAGGUGCCUGCGCUGACGCGUGGGAAGGACUCCAGGAGACAGCCGAAACGCCUGGUCUGGGGCCAGGAUAGCUGCCUAAACCUGGCCCCAGCAUGUUGUUCGCAUGUCCUGGCUAACGCUGCUCCUGUGACAACCCGCAGCGGCUCUGGCUCGGCGCUGGGUUCACUGGGCACAGGGGAGGUCACAGUCCCAGGCUUCCUGCUGCCACCCCCGUGCUGCUGCCCUCUCCCAGCUCCCAGUUUGGGGUGGGAACGCUGCGCCGGGAGGUGUGAGCUCGGGACCUGGCUCCCUGGGGAAACCGGCCAGGAGCAGCAUCACCCUGGGAGGACCCGUGCCUGGUGUCCGGGUCCACCUCCGCAGCGCCUGCCGCCUCGCAAAACUGCCGAGUGCCGCAUUAGCCGUCGGGGCUGCCGCUGGUGCCGCGUGGCAGCCGUGUUCAGAAGACCUUGGGCGGGCGUUUGCUGGCUCCUCCGGGGAAAUGCCUGCGCUGUUAAUACCAGGCGUACCCUGAGCAGUGUCCUUGCUUUCUAAACAGUGGCUUUGCACUGAUGAUUAAAAGGAGUUUGUGUUGUGGGGAGCGAAGGCUGAUAAAAGGUCUGUUGAAAGGAU